AUGGUGUGGAAAGGAUCACGUGAACGAGGUGUUCAGGAGUACCGAAAGAAGAGCAAGGGGAAUAAGCCCACCAAGGGUGAAAAGGUGUCGAAGAAGGGAGUUUCCUCCUCACGGCAGCCGAAACAGCGGGAGUUGUUAUCAGCGAAACAACAGCAGCAGCAAAACAGGAAGAACGAGGAACUACGUGCGGCACUCGCUGGUGCCUUUUCCACCGAGGUAUCCAGCAGCAACGCGGGCCCAGCGUUCGAUGGAUAUGGAAAGGGUAGUCCUACUGACCGACUGCAGUUCGGUUACGCACCUGCUGUAGCUGCGGAAGCUGUUGCAUAUCACAGCACUAUCUCUACUGAUGCGUGGAUUGAGGCGCGAAGGACGCGCUACCGCACGGCAAUUGUGGAGCAGAAGAAGCUACGGAGGCCGAAUUGUGAACCCAUAACCUCUAUACUGAAACUUCAGGGGCACUGGCGGAGCACUGAACUCUUUGAGAGAGAGGUUCACGGGAGCCACGCAGUCGCGCAGGACAAGGUGGACGAUAUUCUUGACACAUUUGUUUCACGCCAACGUGUCGCUUAG